AUGGUUGGUCAGAAACUUUCGAUCGUAACAGAUAAACCGCAAACGACAAGACAUCGCAUUCUUGGUAUAUGUUCUGAACCAGAGUACCAGAUUAUACUUUAUGACACUCCUGGUGUUAUUAAAAAGGAGAUGCAUAAGCUGGACAGUAUGAUGAUGAAGAAUGUUAGGAGCGCUAUUGGCAGUGCUGACUGUGUGCUUGUUGCUGAUGCUUGCAAAGCACCUGAAAAGAUUGAUGAAAUGCUUGUAGAAGGAGUGGGAAACAAAGAUGUUGGACUUCCUGUACUGCUGGUAUUGAACAAGAAAGAUCUCAUAAAACCAGGAGAAAUUGCAAAGAAACUUGAGUGGUACCAAAAAUUUACUAAUGUUGAUGACGUUAUACCAAUAAGUGCCAAAUUUGGUAAUGGGGUGGAUGAUAUCAAGGAGUGGAUAUUGUCAAAGCUCCCUCUGGGUCCUGCUUACUACCGCAAGGUUAAUGUUGUCAGUUACAAAAGUAGGCCUAGUGCCAAGGACUUCAUUCAAGUUGAGAUACUUGUUGAGAAAGAAUCACAAAUAAGCAUUAUACUAGGAAAGGAUGGCAAAGCCAUAAAGAUGUUGGCAACCGCAUCAAGGCUUGACAUUGAGGAUUUCCUACAAAAGAAAGUCUACCUUGAGAUAGAGGUCAAAGUGAAGGAAAACUGGCAGCAAGACGAGCGACAUCUGAAGCGGUAUGGCUACGGCAGCGAGAUUCAAGCACUGUGA